GACCUCAUAUCCUCUACAGCUGCUGCGCUUCCUGCCUGGCGGAGGGAGGGAACCGUGCUGACGGCUGGGCUAGCGAGCUGAACGACAAGAAAGGUUUUCGGAGAGAAAAGAGAGGGGAACGGGUUCGGGAUACCAACUUCCCGCAAGAUAGCCAAACAUUUUCAGUUUGCUAUUACUUGUUUUGUGAUUGUUUAAUGCAAUGUCGUCCAGUCGUCAGCUUAGUGAGAGCCGGGCCAUCCCGACCAGAACGGUGUUGAUCAGCGACACAACGCAGCUACCUCAUGAUUAUUGCACCACCCCUGGAGGCACUUUAUUUUCCACCACUCCGGGAGGAACCCGGAUCAUCUAUGAUCGUAAGUUCCUGUUGGACAGACGCAACUCCCCCAUAGCCCAGACCCCCCCAGCACACCUGCCCAUCAUCCCAGGGGUGACCAGCCAAAAAGUCCUGAAUGAGAAUAAGAAGAAUGUGGCUAACAACAUUAAAAAACAUGACACCAAGCCAGGUGAGGAUGCUCAGUUCGAGAUGGACAUCUGAGCGAAGGAGAAUCAAGAUGAAGAACUAAGAAGAAUGAACCUGGUACAGAUGUGCCAGUGGCUUGGCUUGUAGAAACCAAUGUCAUGACCCCCCCUCAGCCAUCUCCUUUAGCUUUCUCUUUAGCUGCCGGGUUCUGUAGAAACCAAGGGGAUUAAUGUUGACUUCUGUCAGUUUGCUAGGUUGCUGCAGGCCGGGAAAACUAAUCUAGAUGUUGUCUCCAUUUCCUUAGCUUUCAGGGCCACUGCAGUAAACCUGCCUCCUGGCCACAAACUAAGGGAAUGAGUGACAAAAGUGCCCAGAAGUAACGUUCAAGAAAAAAAAUCAGUUUCAAAAUCUGUUUUACUGUCAUGGUGCAUUUUAUUGCUAGAUAACACUUUCUUUUCACAUUGUUUUUUUUUGUUAAGAACCUGUCUAGUCCAUGAGUGAAUGAGUUGAGUGGACAUUUAUGGUACACAUUCAUAUUUUGAUUGUCACAUAUAUGUAUUUGUAAAUUGAUCCCCAAAAAUAUAAGACCAUUCCCCAAAACAGUACCCAUAAAUUCUGUUUUGUAGUCCGUUAAGGGUCUUUCAGGUGAGUUUGGGAGAUCAGCAUUAAUCAGCUGUUCCUGGUCCAUGAACAGCAGCACAUUCCUUUGUCAUUCCCAGCCUGUUAUGCCCAUUACUCCCUGGUAUGAGUUUGACAUCUAUUUGUAGGAAUAUUCAGUUAUUCAUAUUUGAUUGAAGAUGUUAGGCAAUAAACCAAGUUAAUCUCAGUUCAGACGUAAUUCUAACAGGGCAUUCUCCUCCCCUUUCAUACCUGUGGUAUGGUGACUAUGGACCUUAUACAAAUAUUUGGGAAUGGUGUGGAACUCCAAACGUUCCCACUGUGUACCACCAUUUAUACCCCACAAAACUGCGGAAAUAUCUGUGGAACAAAGACACUUUUUUAGUUAAUAUUUGUGUCUGAGAUAAAAAAACAUUUUUUAACAGAUUGUUUCAUAAAAUACCAAGAAUGUGACAGAAGCCCCACUAGACGUAUGAUUUGCCUCUAUUUUUGCGAAAUCAAUUUGAAGAACAUUAUUGUUAUACUUUAAGUAUCAUCCUCACACAUACUGUCAUACAUGUCAAGGGAAAGGGAACCUUUCAAUUAUUGCUUGUUAAAUCUGAAGACAAUUCAUGGGUGGUGGAUUGAGUAACACACCAAUGAGGUGGCACAAAGAGCUGGCCUUAAAAUGCACUUAAAGUGUGUAUAUAGACCAUAGACUUCUUUGACAUGUUGAAAAGUGUUUUGAUUAUAUAAAAUGUCACUCUAAAAUCAGUUGAAAGCCAAUUUAAAACAAAUUUCUACAUUAUAUUCAAACUUUAAAUACUGCGUCAGAGGUAGGAAAGCACUGAAAUGUUGUCAGGUCAUCUCUGUAGAUGAAUAGAAUACUGAAAGACCACCAGUCAAUGGGCAGUUGAGUAACUGAAGAUAAAACAACUCCUAUCACUGUAAACAGCUCUCCAAAGUGACCUGACACUUAAAUUAAUUUCAAACAUUUUGAUUUGACUUGAAACUUGAAUUUUUUUCCAACUCUCCUCUAUGCAUUUGACCUCUUACUCCCCAUCACCUUUCUGUGUAGAAAUCUAUCCAGAUGAGUUAAAAUUGAGUAAAUACUGUAUAGUUAUCCAAGUCAUAUAUGAAAGAGGAGCAAAGGAGGUCAAAGUGAAAGAUGGCUUUGGUAAGACCCCCAUGUCUCCUUUACAGCGAUCAACACAUCACCAUAUGUGCUUUGUCCGAUUUGUUUUCCACUUGCUGAGCGCUUUCUCUUCUUACACUCGUGCUACGUGUCUUUCCCCAUGCCUUACUUCACUAAGGAAGUUCAUCUGUUAAGUUAUGGCUUCUUUGAAUUCCUCCCCAGAAUUUCUUGUCUCACCUGCAUCUUUUCUUCCUCCUUUGAGGCAAAGAUCAAGCCAUUCUUGUGUCUGUUAUCUGAGAAAAUCUUUAUAUUUUUGGAGAAUAACUUCUUUAGUUUGACAAUAUGUUUUUUUUUCCUGGUUCCGCUGUGAGAAGUGUAAUGUGAUAUUUUUUUUGUUUGUUGAAUGAUUGAAGUUUCUUGUAGCUCUUGUGUUAAGAUUUCUACAAAGGAUUUCAGUUAUGAUCCAUCCAACACUUUAUUAGAAAAUAAGAAGCCAAACAAUAUUCAGAUUCUGUACUAUGGGUCAUCUUUAGCCUAAGGAAAACUGUGUAAUUCCUCCAUUUCAAUCAAAAUACUAAAGGUGGUCCACCAUGCUGGAGCAGAUACAUUUUCUCUCUUUGUUUGGUAAAUGAAUAAUCAGGUUAAAUGUGUUUUGUUUCAGAUUUCAGACUUGAGUGAAUAAACUCAAAAUCAUUAGCUGCCUUGUGGGGUUUUUUGUUUUUGUUUUUGUUUUGCUCAGAAGUAUCAGAGAUGGAUUUUUGAAAAAUGCUGAGGGCCUGUAAACUCCAAGAUUUUGUAUCAUGUCGCAUAUGAGAUUAAAACAAAUAUUUGUUAAAUUGUUUUUGUUCAAAGCCCUUAAUUAUCUUUUAAUUUUCAGUGAAACGCCAAUGCCAUUGGACACUGUUACACCAAGAUCAAUAAAGAUCCUUCAUAACA